UCGGUGGGCCCGCCUGCGCCUCCUAUGCUUUACCCAUUAUUUCCCUCGGAGAUUUUUUUUCAGUCCAUAUUAACGCGGAAGUCGGUGACGCACCACUACACUCAGCUGCUCAGCGGGGGUCAACGCAAUAAACAAAACGUCGUCAUUCGGAGCCAAACACAGCGGACAGCGUGGGCGAGGUGUCGCAGUUCAGACCAUCAUGCCCUUUGCUCUAGCAGCAGCACCGGAAGUGUGUGUGUGAGCGACCCUGGCUGGCUCUGCUGGGAUGAACAUGCCACUGCACCAAAUCUCUGUCAUCCCCCGUGAUGUCACCUCAUCGCGGGUGUCCGGCAGUGGGAAGGCUAAGGACAAGGACAAGCAGAAUGAGAAGCCCCUGGGGCAUUCUGCGAGCCGGUCCAGCAAUAUAUCAAAGGCAGGGAGCCCGACUUCAGUCAACGCUCCAUGCAGUUUCUCGAGGACAUCAGUUUCCCCUUCCAGCCAGGACAUCUGCAGCAUGCACAGCAGCAGUCAGGAUCAGGACUGUCAGAAGCACACUGCAGUGGUUCUGUUGAACUCAAACGGUAAAAGCUGUCAUGGUUCAGAAGGUAUUUCCGUGGCCACCCUCUGCACGGACGCCCUACCAGCCUCCAAACAGGCCAAACAACGAGACUGGCUCUCCCUGCUCCGCCCAUCCUCCGCAAACCACCGCCCAAGCGGCUCGCUCAAGUUCUCUAUGUCUCUGAACGACGUGGGCCAACGUGUGGACAGUCUUUGUCGCGGGCUGCACUUCAUAGACCGAACCUGCUCCGAGGGGGAGCUUGAGACCAAGCCAGAGCCUGCCAUGCCACCAGGUGCGGAGCGAAGGGCACACACACUCAACGGCAAGCUGGCUGCAGCCCCCACACACCAGAACCCCCACCUCGUCCCCUCCUUUACAAACAACUACAAAUACAUGUUGGGCGUCCCUCCCAUCAACUGUCCCCCACAUGACCCGGUCACCAUCGCCCCUCCUCCUCCUCCUCCUCCUCCUCCUCCUACUCUUUCCAACAACCACCUCCACCCUCAUCACUCCCCGAGCGCCAACUUCCUGCGUCUCCUUCUUCCCUUCUCUCGAUCCUCCACCUCGGCCAGCCUGCAGUGCUCCGAGCUGGGCAGCAACGACUCCCACAUCCACUUCAAGUCCUCCCCGCUGGAAGGCAGUGAGUUAGGGUUCCACGUGGAGGAUCUGCUGGGGGAUGACGAUGUAUUUGAGGAGGACCGGAACAGCCUAGCUCCAAGGGGAACAUGCCAGCUGGGCGCCCCAUUAAUGGUCACCGUGGAUGGGUCAGGUUCUCUUCUAGCCCCCCUGUGUUUUAUGGACCCAGACAGCGACUUGGACUGCUGCCCGUCCCCCUUGUCGGAGAGAAAUGGGCCACUGUCACCGUAUUCGCUUUCUGGAGACUGGUGCAGGAUUUGUCACUGUGAAGGUGACGAGGAGAGUCCUCUGAUCACACCAUGCCACUGCACGGGGAGCCUGCGCUUCGUCCACCAGUCCUGCCUGCAGCAGUGGAUAAAGAGCUCCGACACGCGCUGCUGUGAGCUCUGUAAAUAUGAGUUCAUCAUGGAGACCAAGCUCAAACCGCUGCGCAAGGUAACAUAG